AUGAACUUCAUAAAGAAGUGUUGGAAUGAUAUAGGCUCGGAUUUCACGGCAGCGGUGUUGGGCUUUUUCCAAUCUUCAAGGUUGCCGCCUGAUGCUAAUGUCACAUGGGUGGCGUUGGCCCCCAAGUUUAAUGGUGCUAAGGAAAUCAAAAAUCUGCGUCCGAUUAGCAUGGUGGGGUGUGUAUAUAAGGUAAUCUCGAAGAUGCUGGUUAGGAAAAUGAGAGGGGUUAUGACAGGGUUAGUAGGUGAGACACAGAGUGCUUUUGUGAAGGGUCGGAAGAUUCAUGACGGGGCUCUAAUUGCAUGUGAAACGGUUCAGUGGAUCAAACAAAGGAAGAAGGAAGCGGCAAUAAUAAAGCUAGAUUUCCAAAAAGCAUAUGACAGAGUCAAGUGGAGUUUUGUAGACCUUGUAUUGCAGAAGAUGGGUUUUGGUCGAAGAUGGAGGGGUUGGGUGAUGAAGUGUGUCAGCACAUGCUCUAUGUCAGUGUUGAUAAAUGGUUCGCCUUCCAAGCCGUUCAAGAUGGAAAGGGGUCUGAGGCAAGGGGAUCCUCUGUCUCCAUUUCUCUUUGUACUUGUUGUUGAUGUCCUACAUAGGAUGAUUGGAGAAGCUGUGAGAAACGGUCGCAUAUCACCGUUGAUGGUUGGGAGAGAUCAUAUUGAGUUGUCGCAUCUACAGUUCGCAGAUGAUACUAUUUUGUUCUUCCCUCCGGAGGAAGACACAAUCAAGAACUACAGGAGGUUGCUUAGAUGCUUUCAGUUGAUGUCAGGUUUAAGCAUUAACUUUGAUAAAUCUAGCUUGAUUCCUGUUAACUGUGAGGAGCAGUGGGUACAACGUAUGUGCGGUGUGUUGGGCUGUAAGCAAGCCAAUCUACCAGUUAAAUAUCUCGGUAUCUUGCUAGGAGCAAACCCAAGGCUGGUUAAGAUGUGGAAGCCACCUACCGGGAAGAGUGGUAUGGCUUUGGUUAAGUGGGAAGUGGUUCAGGCCCCUAAAAAGUUAAGUGGGUUGGGGGUUGGAGAUGCUAUGAUAAGAAAUUCAGCUCUUCUGUUUAAAUGGUGGUGGAGGUUCUCUAAAGAGGAGUGUCCACUGUGGAAGAAGGUAGUCUGUUCCUGUAACAACCUGAAUCCAAGUAAGCUCCUGUCCUCUCAAGAAUUACCUAUCCGAGGUGGUCCGUGGAAGGAUAUCUGUCAGAUACAGUUCAAGAGUCAAGAAGUCAGACAAAAGAUGAUUACCGGGUUGUCCAUGGAGGUGGGUGACGGGAGACGAACUUGGUUUUGGGAGGAUGUCUGGAUUCAUGAAGGUUCUCUGAAAGACCGCUUUCCAAGGCUAUUCUCGGUUUCAAACCAAACAGGAUCAAUGAUAGGGGAUUGUGGAUUUUGGGAUGGGCUAGAUUGGAUAUGGAAUUUUCAGUGGAGGAGAGAAUUGUUCCAAUGGGCAUUGGAUCUAGUGAACCAGCUUCACCACACUCUGAGGCUGGUCAAACUUGAUCUUAGGAGAGAGGAUAGAGUUGUAUGGAAGUAUGAUAAACAAGGAAUUUUCUCUACUAACUCUUUUGUGCAGUUGUUGCAGGUGGAAAUGGCUCCGGAGGAUAUACAAAGCUACAGUUUUACUAGGACCAUUUGGAAAGGCCUUGUCCCACCCAGAGUAGAGUUGUUUGUCUGGUUUGUUCUGGUAGGCAGGGUUAAUACGAAGGAGAGACUGAGUCGCCUUCGGAUCAUUCACCAACAAGAUACUUUAUGUGUUUUAUGUAACAAUAGUGUUGAAUGUGGCCACCACAUAUUUCUUGGUUGUAGCUUUGCUUGGCAGGUAUGUGUGCUUGGUUCUCAUAUGUUGGAAUGCAAUGGUCUUGUCCAGGUGCAGUAA